AUGUUCCAUCAAUUCUUGUUCACCCUCCUCACUUUCAAUGUUUUGGUCAACGCACAUGGAGCUCAGAAACCUUUAUCGUCUACACCCUUACAUCCUCAACACGCUGAACAUGCUUUAAGUUUGUUAGAAAAAUACCCACUGAUAGACACUCAUAUAGAUCUAUCAGCUACGUUCAGAACUAUAGAACGUAAUCCUUGGUCGGCGGUACAUAAAUUAGAUCUCGCUUAUCCUGGUCAUAUAGAUUUACCUCGUGCUCGAGCGGGAGGUUUAGCUGGAGGCUUCUUCACUGCUAAUGCUCCUUGUCCCAAAGCCGUAGGACAAGAUCCAGGACCUGAUUUCCUCAAUCCUACAGAUUCUAUUCAACAUGUCUUAGAAUCAAUGGAUUUGAUAAGGAAAUGGAUCGAGGUGUUUCCGGAUCAAAUGAAACGUUGUCGUACAGCAUCCGACGUCCGACAAGCCUUUGAAGAAAAAAAACUCGCCGUCAUGAUCGGGAUAGAAGGAACACAUCAAUUGAGUAAUUCUUUAGCUGUCAUGAGGAUGUACGCAGAGCUUGGUGUGGGGUAUGUCACUUUGACCCAUGUUUGUCAUUCAUCAUUCGCUAGCUCGAAUGGUGGCGGCGCAGGUACUUCAGGAAGCACCAUUCCUCCUAUUCACCCAGGUAACGGUUUGACCUCCCUCGGGGUGGACUUAGUCAGGGAACUUAAUCGUCUUGGAGUCAUGGUUGACCUUUCUCACGUUAGCGACGAUACAGCCAGACAAGCUAUCAACGUUUCUCGUGCUCCGGUCAUCUGGUCUCAUUCCGGUGCCAGGGCGGUGAAUAAUCAUCCAAGAAAUGUUCCGGAUGAUAUAUUGGAUAUGAUUGGUGAUAAGUCUGGUCAGAAUCGUGGGAUAGUUCUCUCAGUGCUUUAUUCAAUUUUUAUCGAUAAAGACAAUGCUACCUUAGCUCGAGUUGUGGACCAUAUCGAACAUAUCGCUUCCAGAUGCGGGAAAGCACAUGUGGGAUUAGGAUCCGAUUUCAAUGGUAUAGGAUCGAGUGUGUUGGGAAUGGAAGAUGUAUCUAAAUGGCCCAAUAUGAUCCAAGAAUUUAUCCAUCGUGGAUGGACAGACGACGAGAUCGCCGGAUUGAUGGGAGGUAAUCUUCUUCGUGUGAUGGAAGAAGUAGAAUAUAUCAAAAAUCAGUUAUCUUCCGAAUCAGCUUCAACAACAAUCUAUGAGAAACGUAAAGAUCUUCCGGCGCACGAAUGGGGUGGACCUAAUAUGGCUUAUUUAGCGGAUGAAGUUAAAGAGGUUGUGAUUGCUCAAAAACGACUUCGAGAUGAGUUGUGA